AUGGCUACUCAGCAUACGGCCGUGGUGCCCGGCACCGUCCACCUCGUCGAUGUUUCCGGCGCGGCGCCUGCCGGCGCAAAGAUGCGGGACGGAAUCCAGCUUGUUCCCCGUCCUAGCGAUGAUCCCGAGGACCCUCUCAACUGGAGCAGAGGCCGAAAGAUGUUGGCUCUCGCCAUGGUUGUGGUCUACACCUUCGGCACUGGACUUCCUAUGACCCUCCAAUACUCGAUUCUCGCCGACAUCACCGCGGAUACCGGCAUCUCCACUGCAACACUUGUCGAGGGUACCGGUUACGCUUUCUUGCUGCUUGGUUUCGGCUGCUUGUUCUGGCAGCCCAUUGCCUUGACAUAUGGCCGCCGCGGUGUUUAUCUCGUUUCGACCCUUGCUACCGUGCCCUUGAUGGUUUGGACAGCCUAUUCCAAGUCGGGCGGCGAAUGGUUCGCUCAUCGUAUCAUCCUUGGGUUCUUCUGUGCACCUAUCGAGGCCUUACCCGAGGUCAGCAUUCCCGACGUCUUUUUUGCCCAUGAGCGCGGUGCCAUGAUGGGCGUGUACGUCUUUUCGCUCUUCGGCUCCAACUUCCUGGCUCCCUUGAUUGGCGGCUGGUUCAACGAGGCGUAUGGAUGGAAGUGGACCAUGUACUUUGGUGCCAUCUUCGCUGCCGUGGCCUUCAUCAUCAUGUUUUUCUUCAUGGAGGAGACCAUGUAUUUCCGCCAGGGUUUGGAGGGUCUGGAGGAUGAGCAGGAUGAGAUUGCUGCUGCUGCUACCACCACCGAUGCCGGAGAGAAGGGAGAGAAGAGCAGCAGCUCGAGCCAGACCGUCAGCGAAGCUCCUGCUGCCAUCUACGUCAAGCCCACCCUCGCCCAGAAACUCGCGUGGUUCCGCAAGAUGGACGGCCGACCAACCUACCAACACAUGCUCAAGACCAUGUAUAUGCCCUUCAUUUACCUUUACCAAUUCCCCAUCGUCCUCUGGGCCGGUUUCAUCUACGGCAUCAACCUCUGCUGGUACCAAGUCCUUAACGGAACUGCCAGCCCUGUUCUCGCCAACGCUCCCUACAACUGGUCUUCCGGUCUUGUCGGCACCAUCUACACCGGUCCCAUCGUCGGCGCGGCCAUUGGCUGCUACUGGGCUGGUUCCAUUGCCGAUAAGUUCACCUUGUGGCUUGCCCGCCGGAACAACGGCGUCCGUGAGCCCGAGCACCGUCUCUGGCCCCUUCUUGUGACGGCUGUCUUGGGAGCCAUCGGCCUUAUCAUGUGGGGUGUUGGUGCCCAGCAUCACGCUCACUGGGCAAUUUUGGCCGUCGGUCUCGGUAUUCUGACUGCCAGUGUCGUAGCUGGUGGCUCGGUUGCUCUCUCAUACAACAUUGACUGCUACAAGGAUAUCUCGGGCGACACCACCACCGCUGUUAUCCUGGUCCGCAACCUGAUGGGUUUCGCCAUUGCCUAUGGAAUCACGCCCUGGUAUACCAACAUGGGUCUCCAAAACUGCUUCAUCAUGGCUGGCUUCCUUGCCUUGGGCUGCACUCUCACCUUUUUGUUCAUGACAUGGAAGGGCAAGGAUCUCCGUAGAGCUUCUGCCGAGCGGUAUUGGAAGUAUGCCGCCGAGAGCUCUUCUGCCCAUUAA